GUACGGUCCAUUGAGAACGCUGAGAAGAACCCCAAGGAGAUCGACAACUGGGUGAAGCGCAUUGAUAGCCUGAACCGAUCGAAGCCGGCACCCACGGUGCAGUACUCCAGAAGGAUGCCCGACAUCGAGCAGCUCAUGCAAGUUUGGCCUGCGGAGUUUGAGGUUCCCCUUGUGGUGGACAACGGGAACGCUUCUAUCUGCGGCAAUGUGACAAUCGUGACAACGUUCCCGCCUGCGGACUGGAUCUGUAAAUUUGUUAAGUGCUGUUCCAGACGGUGCCAUGCUACCAGCCAUGGACAAACACCUCGGCAGCAAGCAUGUGGCGGAUUUGGUGACAUCUACUACCACCACUUCAUGUACGUCGGAGAGACCCUUGUCAGUCGCAAGAAUUCGGUGCUGUGCUCGAAGGGCGUCCCACAUGCGAGGGUAAAGGAGUCCAGCUUGUUCUUCGAGGUGGGCAGGCUGCGGCUGACUGUGCACGUUUCAUUUCUGCUGCGUCCACAGGCGGCAGAUACGAAAUCGUUGGGGGCAUAA